AUGGCCCCGGCCACCUGUUGGACAGGGAGUGCCCCCUCCCCGCAUCACCUGUAUCUCCCCCCCAAUCCUGGGCCCACAGAGCUGGGUCCUGCUGAAGGCCAGGCCCCGACAACCCUCCCGCCCACAGGCUGGCGUGAAGGACACAAGAGCCGCGUGGCGCUCCACGCACUGACCCGGCAGCCCGCGCUGCUCCUGGCAGCAUCCAGCAGUGGGCUGCACUUCCUCCUGGCCUCCUUCGCCCUGGAGCUCCUCCUCGCCCUGGUGGCCUUGAAGCUGGGCCUUUUGGCCCGGUGGGCUCACUGCCGCCUCCCUGCGGCCUGGGGAGGACCCUUGGUGGCUGUGUGGGGCUGGGGGGACCUGUGCGGGGUGCUGGCCCUGGCCCCCGCCUCCAGCGAGGGUGUGGACAGGAGGUUGCUGGCCUUCUCGGAGGCCCUGGCCCGGGCCUUGGGGGACAUGGGGUAGCCCCGGGCCCGGCUGGUGGUCCUGGUGGCGGUGGCAGCCUGGGGUGUGGCGGGCAUGCUGGAGGGCUGUGGCUACCAGGCCGAGGGCGGGGGCUGCAUGGGGUACACGCUAGUGCAGCCCUUCAGCAAAGACCUCUGACACCCCCCGGCCCCGGGGUCACGUUCCCCUCCCCCAACUCCCUGGCCGAGGGGAGUACAGGGCAUCCCACUGCAGCCUGGCCACUGGCACUAGUGCCUGAACUGUGAGGUCAGGAUGGGGGUGGCCAGGACGGGGCACAUCUGGUUAAGCGCACACAUUACUGUUAAGUGCAAGGACCCUUAGUUCAAGCCCUGGUCCCCACCUGCAGGGGGAGAACUUUACAAGCGGUCAAGCAGGGCUGCAGGUGUCUCUCUGUCUCUCUCCUUUAUAACAACC